GAAGGAGAGAGUCCACCAGUUCGAGGUUUGAGAGAAACAUUUCACUUGCACACAGACAGCAGACAGGGAAACCAUGGUGAAAUACACAGUUGAAGUCUUCACAGGUGAUGCUUUCACUGCUGGGAACGCCAACGCGAUUUUCAUCAAACUCAUUGGUACAAAGGGUAGCAGUGAACCACAAAUCCUUGAUCGCUUCACAGGCAUACCAGGCUGUUCAAAGACGCUGACUGUGUCCUGCAAAGAAAGUCUUGGAACGUUCUUUCUGGUUCAGUUGGAGCUCAAGGCACUUGUGUUUGAAGAUUACUGGUUCUGUUCCAAAGUUAUCGUCACUGAACCUGAAGGACGCCGGCUGCUGUUCCCGUGUUACCAGUGGUUGUCUCCUAAGAAGAAGGCAAUUCUCAGAGAGGCUACAGCUAAGUUAAGCCACAAGGACACAGAGGAGCCAUUCGCCAUUGACGUGAAGAUGUUGCAAGAAAAUUUCACUGGAUAUAAAGCUGAACAACUUUCAUCAUCCUACAAACACAUGGAACAGCAUGGAGGAACUUGA